AUGUCAUCUACAGGUCUCCAGCUCUUUGGGAUCUUCCUGGCAGCCAUGGGCUUUGUGGGGGACAUCAUCAUCUGUGCGCUGCCCAUGUGGAAGGUAACCGCGUUUGUUGGGAACAACAUCGUGACGGCGCAGAUCUUCUGGGAGGGCCUGUGGAUGAACUGCGUCAAGCAGAGCACGGGUCAGAUGCAGUGCAAGAUCUACGACUCCAUGUUGGCCCUCCCCCGUGAUCUGCAAGCCGCCAGGGCCCUGGUGGUCAUCUCCAUCCUGGUGGUUUUCAUGGGGAUUCUGCUCGCCGUCGCCGGGGGAAAGUGCACCAACUGCGUCCGCGACGAGGUGGCCAAGAGAAAGGUGGCCGUCGCCUCGGGGUUGUUCUUCAUCGUCGGCGGCAUCCUCUGCCUGAUCCCAGUGUCCUGGUCUGCCAACGAGGUGAUCCGGAACUUCUACAGCCCCGUCAUGGUGGACGCGCAGAGGAGGGAGCUCGGCGCGUCGCUCUUCAUCGGCUGGGGCUCCGCGGGCCUGCUCCUCAUCGGUGGCGCGCUCCUCUGCUGCCAGUGCGUGCAGCGCCGGGACCGAGGCUACUCCGUCAAGUACUCUGCCCCGCGCUCAGCAGCCAGCGGGAGGGCGUACGUUUAA